CCCUUCUGACAGAAAGGAAAUAUUGUAACAGAGGGGGGCGGCGCUGGGCUCUGUUACGUAGCUGGUUAAAAAUAACUGGCAUAUUUAAGGCUGCAGAGGAAUCCCAGGGCAGGCAAAGGCUGGACAGCCUGCCGCCCGGCAGGAGCUCUCACUUCCCUCUCAGUCGGUUGCUCCCUCUCUCCGCUUCCUCUUCUUAGUCCAAUAUUAAGCCCUGAAACAUGAGCACGACCACCGUCCCAUACCUCAACCACAUUUUCCAACGCCUGUGGAAGCCCACCACUGAAUUCUAUGAUGUGAUGAAAGCUCAGUGUUGGUCUGUUGCAUCCCAGCCUGACCGCAGCCCUGUCCAGCUAUAGAGGCUCGGCUGGGAUUGUCCAAACAAACAACCCUCACUGACUCAGACCUCAUCCAUAUGCAUACCAUCACACAGCAGAACUGUCAACCAGCCCCGUCUGUCAGCAUAUGGAGCCCUUUAGAAAACAAAUACAGAACUGUUUUGUCAUAAGCAAAUUUCUUUUCACUGUGAUGAUUUAUAUACAAAGCUCCGUUUGCUGGUGGAUGUCUGGACCGCAGUAACAGGUGUGGUGAACUCUUGAGGCCUAAAAACUGUGUAAAACUGAACACCGGGCCUGAAUCCAUCAGGUGUUUUUAGAUCACAGAGCGUUUUGGGAUUAUUGUGAAUGAAAAUAUUACAAAUAAAGAUGCAGACAUGAAAUAAAACAAAUCAGAAAUCUUAACAUGUAGUAGUUUGUAGAGCUGAAACUAUGACUCAGUCAAUAGACACAAAAUGAACUAUUUUGAUAAUCAAUUUUUUUCCAAGUAUUUACUGCUUCCAGUUUUUAAAUGUGACAGUUUAUUGAUUUUGCUGUUUGGCAUCGGUUUUAAUUGCUAAUCUUUUUGGCGUUGGGCUGUUUGUCAGACAAAAGAAGCACUUUGAAGAUGCCUGUCACUAUGGGCUUUGAGGAAUCUUGAGACAUUUUUGCAAUAUUUUCUGUAGCCUAAACUAUAAAUCUUUAAAAAAAAACAAUAUUGCAGUGGAAAUUUGUCAGCAUCAACAGCAUGGUGUUCAUUAUGAAUUUGGAAUGCCUGAAUAUUGAUGUAUGAGCUUUGAACAGAUGUUGGUAUCAAAUAUAAAGGCAAAAGGAGAUGUUUGAUAGUGGACAUUAGGUGAAAUUACACGUUUUAUUGAAAAUAAUAAUAGUGGUGAAGUCUUCAAACUACUUCUGAGAGGAGGAAUUAUGUAUGCACUAAAACAGAGGGAAAUCCUAUCACAAUUAGGCCUGUAGUCGGUGCCUUGUUGCUGAGCUGCUCGAUGGUUCUUUAGCUUUACACUGACGCAAAGUUCCUACAUAUACAAUUGCAUUCCAGUUAAUGUGAGGUGGAGUGGAGGGAACUGCAGCACAGCGAAUCCAAAAAAAAAAAAGCUUGACUCAGCUUUCAAGAAUUAAGAAAAGAAUGAAAGCUAUUUUUUAAUUACCGAACAGCAUCUGGAAGAGAGCACUGAAAAACCUCAAUAUCUGGAGUUAUGAUCCGCUGGUACUCAUAUUCAAUUGGGUGCUUUCCAGGAGGGGGAACUUCACUGAGGGACACCAGUGGAAACUAUGUCAGUCACAUACACAACAAGAGAGGGGGGAAAAAAAGCCAAAAUACUUAAAGAGCUGUGCAGUUGCUUACUACUUUACAUAACAUCAAUAUUCACACCUGUGUGACUGGAUCAUCAACUGUGUCUGAUCUCGAUUUUGAAUAGUAGCUUAACCACAGAUUGUCAGCUGCACAACUACUGUUUAGAAAACAUUUAACGUCUCAGCAGUCGAAACUCCCACUACCCCCAAGAAGGACACAUGCGCUCACUUUUGAAAAAAGAAAGUGAAUUAUUCUGACAGUGCUUCUUCGAGUAGGUGUCAUGGCAUCCACAUGUGAUCCUCGCUGAUAAGCAGAGAAACAUUAUCGGGACACUUGUUGAAUUAAUGACAGGAAAAUGUGACCUCCUGAAGUAUCGAGUUAGAACUCAAAAGUUAAGCUGGUUUAUACAACUACAUUACCUCAAUCGCUCCACAUCCGAUUCUUGCGGUUAUGCCGUCAAUGGCGUUGACAUAAUGUCAAUAUCUGGAACUGUGUAACACUUGAAAUGAUUCACCGUGGGCUGGGUAUUGCAGCUUCCAUAUUCUCAGCACUGCUUUCAGUCAAUACUGUAAAUGUGUAUUAACAUAUCCCACACAAGGGUUUGGGUUGAGUUACCAAAUUACCAUGACUUCAUUGUGUCAGAAAAAAACACACACAGCGGUGUCAUCUUCUCUUCUUUUUAUUUUUGUAUCCUCUACUCCUCAUCUCUCUGACAUUAUUGCGACGCGAAGCACCUCAGUUGUCAAAGUCAAGCUUUUGUUUUGAAGAUCAUUUUCAAAAACCAUUAUCUCCCACCAUAAAGAAUAUGGCUAUAAUGACAUGGCUGCCAUUGUGUUCCUGCCUGCUGUCGGAAGCAGGCCUCCAAGAACGAGACAUGCAGUUCAAACAUCGUAGGGUUAAAGGCACACAAUUGUAGAGGCACGUUGAAGACAACACACGUAUUACUGUUUGAUAUAUUAAGAGUAUCGACACUUAAUCUAACCAAACAAUUUAUAAUGAGCUGCCCAACAGAAUAUGCUUUCUAUUUACAAAGUUCCAUUGUUGUCCUUAUUUUUUCCUAGCAGUUUUUGUUUGCCAACCAAAGAAACGUGCAUUCAUGCAAUUUAAACAGUGAAUGAAGAGACCAACCAACAGUGACGGUAAUUGUGUCCUGUUAAAAUGUCGAAAUUAAGUUUGUUGACAUGCCUGACAGACAAGAUCCUGAUGCAGCAGGAUCAGUGGCAAGCUCUUUGUUUGCUCUUGCACUGAACUCGUGAGUCAAUGUGUCUAAUUAUGUUGGAGAGAGAGAGAUUUGUGUUAGCUCGCUUAGCUCUGAGCAAACACUGCCUGAACCCAAUUCAAACUCAACACUGAACACUUCUCAGCAUUUCCAUUUUCCCAGGUAAGGUAAGUUUUAUAUGAUACUACGAUACUGUAGUGUUGCAUUAAGUCUUUUUCAUAGGACUUUUUUUUUGUUAUUGAGCAAGAGCUGCGAGGGUGGCCAAUAAAUAUUGUUUAGGGCUUGAUUAGGUUUGCUUUCUAUAACAUUUUUGCCUCAAACACCUGUGUCAAGAAACAAAACUAAAAUGUAAACACACAGCAGCCAAGGUAUGGAUUAUUAUGCAGAUUAGACCCACAGUUUGUCUACAUCUAUAGAUGUAUAAUGUAGAAAUAUAGGCUUCUUGUGCUGCCUGCUAAAUUCAUCUUAUCCCUAAUUGUAAAAGUAAAAAAAUAUUGUAAGAAUAUAAUUAUAGAAAUGUAUUAAAAGAUUAGUAUCAUGCUUUAUAAUUGCGUGCAUGCCUUGGGUUGACUCCUACUGCAAUCCAGUGAUGUAAUGUAAAUACAACACUUUGUAUAAUUGCCUGUAAACUGUGGGGAAAUAAUUGCACUCACCUAUUAUCACUUGCAGACAAACAAGUGUAGCAAAUAAAUGACCAGCAAAGUGUUAUAUUAGUAUUCAUUUUAUUUUUUUAAGGAGCUAACUAGCCAGGUGCUUUUCAUCCAGGUGAUGGCCACGCCUGCAGGUGAGGUGACCCUCUGUAGCGUCUCAAAGAUGCGCUUCUCACCCACGUUUCUCAGGGAUAACAGCAGCAAUGAUAGGUACCGUUGCUAUGAAUACAAACAAACCUCUCUCUCCCUCCCUCUCUCUCUUUCUCUCUCUCUCUCUCUCUCUUUCGCUUCCCCGCUCGCACCAGCCUCCCCCCACGUGCUCCCUCCCUCGCACCAAAUGUUUUUCCGAGCUUGUUGCUGCGCAACGAGGGCGUGUCCAGCAGUUCCGAGUUCCUUAAGGAUACCUCUCGCGGUUUUCUCAGUUCAGGCUGCCGGUACUCGCAUGGCAACAGGCGAGAGGGGUUCCCCCGUACGUCGCCGCUCUGUCUUGCCGAAAUAAAAUUUAAAAAAAAUCAAAAAUUCAAACCUUCUGGCUGCUUCCACCCGGCGCGCCCAACAAGCGGGAGCAUGUACCGGGAUGUAGUAUAGCGCGCGACGCGGAGCAGAAACUUUCAAUCCGGGGACAUUGAACCCAGCGCAGUAACGCACCCGAAGAGCGGCCGAAAGGAACUCCAGAUUCUCAUUGAUGAGGCAACCUGCAAAUGACGUCGAGAUGGCUUUAGGUGGCACGCUUCUGCCGUCCAUAUCCACGUUCGCCAGCGGACCCUCUGUCAAGAGUAAAUCCAUUGGAAAUGCCAAUUUAAGAUGGAAGGAGGAGUUGUCCCUUCUUAAGAAAUCCAGUGUGCCAACCGGAAGCAGGGGCACUGAUCCAGACCAGCCCUCUGCCACCAGCACAAGAAGCCCCAGCAUGUUCAAGAAAGAGACAGAGCCGGACCUGGACUUGGACUACGACUUCAUUCUUUCCAACUCAAUUCUGCAGCAGCAACAGCAGCAGCAACAGGAGGCGGAGGCCAUGGCAUGCAGCUCUGCCCAGACCUUGUCUCCUUCCCCCAGCUCCUUCUCCUCAUCUUUCCCUCCCCCCUCCCCUCAGGGAACUGCCAAUGAGCUCCUCUAUACCAUUCCAGAUAUCAGUGACGUCUCGCCCUCUGGAGGCUUUGUGGCAGAGCUCAUGAGAGCGGAGUUGGACCCGGCAUACCUCCACCCCACCAGCCUCCACGGCAAGUUUGUAGUAAAGACAACGAUGGACAUGGGCGAGUACAGCCAAGGCGUGAACGUAAGCAAGAUCUGCGUUACUGCCGUGUCGGAGCCGACUCCGUCACGUUCCUCGCCGGCCUUUAUAUGCCCCAGGAUAAAGCAGGAGAACCUCGGUACCUGCAACAUCUCGCAGCCCAUAGACCAACACCUGGCUGGGGUGAACUCCCAGGGCAGAGGGAGCCAGCAACAGCGCCCAUGCCAGCUAGAGCUACAUGGCUUCCCUGGCGGAGGGAGAUCCUUGACAGGCGGCAGAUUAUCCUCAUCCUCUUCCCUCUCCCCAGACCAUCCUCUGAGCCGGGAGCACCAGGUUCUGGGACACCCCCACUCUCAGAUCCCUCUAACUCCCCAGGGUUACCACCAUGGCUCCCCACAGGGCUACAGCUCCUACCCUCAGACACCCACCCUGCAGUACCAAGAUCCCCACAUGAUCUCAAGUGGGGACUGCUUGCCGGAGGAACCAAAGCCUAAACGUGGUCGGCGCUCCUGGCCGAGGAAGAGAGUCGCCUCGCACACGUGUGACUAUGUUGGCUGUGGGAAAACGUACACAAAGAGCUCCCACCUCAAAGCACAUCACCGGACGCACACAGGGGAGAAGCCUUACCACUGCGACUGGGACGGCUGCGGUUGGAAGUUUGCCCGCUCGGACGAGCUCACACGCCACUACAGGAAGCACACAGGCCACCGGCCAUUUCAGUGUGUGAAAUGUGACCGGGCCUUCUCAAGGUCAGACCACCUUGCUCUCCACAUGAAGAGACACUUAUGAGACUUUGUGAUGGAUGAAGGAUCCAAAAAAAGAAAGAAAAACAACAUAUGUUAGCAAGAACCCGGAACAAACUUGUGACCUACACUUUUUUACUUUUUUAAAACCAUAAUUUGCCUUCAAGCCGUUGUCAAGCAUCAAGACAAGCUG